AUGUUAGAGAAAACAUUCUCUAAUUUUUUCGCCUCAAGUAUGCUCCUGCAGCAACAAAAUCAUGAAAGUCGACCUGCUGGUACUGCUCUAUUCUCAGAAGUGAAUGCUGUAAAUUUUCGCCCAACUAGGCGUGAAAGAAGUUCUAACCCCAAUCGUGGUCGUGGCCGGGGUCGUGGAAGGUAUUUUAAUCAGGGUGAUCAUCUUUCAAUAAACAAUAACCCUCAGUACCAGCAGUGCAAAAAGAAGGGGGAAGCUCCUGAAGCAGCACCAAGGACAAACUCUGAAAGUAAAUACUAUCAAUGUGGAGAAAAGGGGCAUUGGUCGCGUACCUGUCGUACGUCAAAGCACCUGGUAAAACUCUAUCAGGCGUCCCUUAAAAAAAUAGAAAACGAUGUUGAAGUAAACUUCUUCUUUGAAGAUAAUGUCGAGCCCAUAGACUUGGAAGUUUUAGAUUUCUUUGAAGUUCUUGAAGAACAUGUAAAUUACCCUGCCGGUGAUAAUUAUGAAAUAGUUUGA